AUGCCUCUCACUGCUAACGAAGAAGCGCUUCUCAGCAACCCAACAGCUGAGGAUAUUGAUCCUCUCCACCAGAGACUCGAUAUCUCCCCUUCCAACAAUGUCAAAAUUGGGAAAUGGACAAUCGUCGCCUUAAUCCUUAACAGGACCAUUGGGUCCGGGAUAUUCCUCACGCCGCAUAGGAUUCUGGCUGGCACAGGUUGCGUGGGUGGUGCCCUCUUUCUAUGGGUAUUGGGAGCUCUCUUCUCGAUGUGCGCCUUGUAUGUUUGGUUGGAGUGCGGGCUGUCGAUGCCUCAAAGGACCGUUAGGGGUGAGACGGAGCCCCGUGGUGUGCCUCGAUCAGGUGGCGAAAAGAAUUUUCUUGAAUUCAUGUUCCCAAAUGACAGAGCAAGGUUGCCUCAUAUAAGGACCACAUGUGCGUUUAGCAUCAUGUUUAUACUGAUGUAUAAUCUCAGCGGAAACGCGAUCUCGUUUGGCAUACAAGUACUGGUCGCGUGCGGCGCCUAUGACCCUGCAAACGGCGACGCACCUGACAAGGGCAAAGUUGCCGGAAUUGCAAUCGGCGGUCUCACGUUUGUCGUUGUGGUCCACAUGUUCUCUCGUCGAGGCGGCAUUCUGAUCAACAAUGCAUUCGCCAUUGUCAAGGUCAUGCUUCUUCUCGUCAUCGUUGGCCUCGGAAUCGCCAAAGCUGCCGGCGCCUUUCCAGGCCCAGAGAAGGCGCCACUAAAUAACUUCACCAAAGACGUUUUUGUCACAAAUAGGACGGACCCGACCAGCUGGUCGAAUUCGCUGAUCCUCUGCAUGUACACGUACUCUGGGUUUGAGCAGCCGUUCUAUGUCCUCGCAGAGACGAAGAGCCCACGAAGAUAUUUCCCCAAAUACACCGUCCUAGCACUCGGUAUCGCAGCUGUCCUAUUCAUGCUUGUCAACAUCGCUUAUCUUCUGGCCGUGCCCAAAAAUGAGAUUAUCCCUGCCAAAGCAGGCGAUAUCCCUCACAGUAUCGACAUGGCAACCUUGUUUUUCGAGCAUUUGUUCCAGGACCAGAAUCAAGCCAGGCGGGCCAUGGCUGCUCUUAUCGCUAUUUCGAUCUUCGGCAAUCUGAUUGUCAUGACCUUCACUGCUGCCCGCGUCAAGCAAGAGAUUGCCAAAGAAGGUAUUCUGCCAAAAUCGCUUAUCAUUGCCACUUCGUACACUACCCCGUGGGGACUGUGGAAGAGGUAUAUCCGGCGCGGUGCAGUACGGCCGGAGGACUUGGAGCAGGCUCCUACUGUAGCGUUCGUGUUGCACUGGUUUACCUCGAUCUUACUGGUGCUGGUAACGCUACCAAUUGGAGAUCCUCGCAAAGCGUAUUCGGCCCUGGUCUCACUGUACUCCUACACGAUUGUGACGCUGAUUGGGCUCUGGGUAUCCAGUGGCUUACUGCUCGUCAAGCUCAGGAAGCAACGUUGGCAUUGGCAAGAGCGGCGUCGAUAUCGCCCAUGGCUGAGUCCUGCACACGCCAUCAUCUACACCAUCGCAAGCGCUUUCAUGCUCAUCCUGGCUUUUGUACCUCCAGCAAAGGGCUCUCCAUUCCAUGCCAGCGUCACGGGGUUCCAGUGGUUUCUUGUGCCUACCAUAGGAAUCACUGCUCCCCUGUGGGGAGUCCUGUGGUACUGGGGUCUCCUGCUCUAUGAGAAAUUCACAGAUCUCCAGCUUGUGGUCAAUCGCACCCCCUUCUGGAUGAAGGAUCCGGACUGUCCUUCGGAAUAUGUACAACAGGCGGAAAUCAUUGAUCACACCUGGCAGAUACGGCCAAGAAGUUUAGGAGAAAAGAACUCGGCCGGAACGGGACAAAGAGAAGCAGAUGCCCUUGAGGAUUGA